CUUGUUAAAUUGUUAAACAAUAAUCAAAACAAAAACCAAAAAAAAAUUAAAAAAUAAAAAUAUUUAAAAAAAAUUAUAAUGGAUGAGGAUCAAGAAGCAAAAUCCGAUCCAUUUGAGAUAAAGUUUCCAUUGCCGGAGCACGUCGAUCCUUCCCUCUGCCGUGAUGAGUUUCUCAAAAACAUAAAGGAGGAACACGAACUCCGUGUAAGUAUGAUGCAGAGAUUGACUGUUCGGAAGUCUUCGGCUUCUGCACAUUUUGAGGAGACUGAGGUUGAGGAGAUUGAAAAGGAGGCAGAGGCUAUGGUGGUGCAGGAGCUGGCUAAACAGCGCACUAGAACAACGAGGAAGAAGACAAUGGAGGAGGUCAAAGAAAGCAUUAGGAUGCGAUCGAACAUGAUGGAAGAACUAAAUCUCGAAUGCCAAAAGGCGGCCAUUGAGUUUCUAUCUGUUCGCCUUCUUAAGCAAUUGCGCCUCUUUUCGAGUCCCUGGCCGGGAAAGCUGGACGAGAUUCCCUACAACCUGUUUAGCUGGUCGUUGGAUCACUUCUUGGUACGCCUGAACAACAACCAGUUGUACUUAGACGUGAUCAAUCGAGAGCGGGACACGAAGGAUCUCGACUGUCUAAAAUUCCGUGCUGAUCUGAACGAAAUCGAACAAAUUAUAUACGAAAUCCGAGGUGACUUUAAAAAUGAUAAAAACCUUUGCGAAAACAGUAUACAACUCUUACGUGAUUGCAGGUACACUACGGAAGGUACAUGGAUUAAGGGCCUACAGGAAAAUAAUCGGGUUAAGGAAAAACUAAUUCACAAAAGUAUCAUAGAAGAUUCCAGCAUUUGUAUGUUAUCUAAGCGUCAAACUAAUAUUAUGGAUCGUUUCGAAGACGUUAGCGCUAUCGAUCCGAUAGAAGUGCGUUACCAGAUCAACUGGGUAAAUAGCUGUAUGGAUCAGAAGUUAAUGUUUCUGAAUGAACGCGAAGAGAUGUUGAUGAAGGAGUUGCAGGAUGAGGAAGAUAAGCUGAGCCUGGAUAUGGUGGUGCAACGCAACUCGGAGAUAGUAUACGCCAAUGAAGUGAACAAGCUUAGAGAAAGUGCUAAAGAGUGGCAAGAAAAGUUCGAUAGAGAUCUUGAAACCGCUGAGGUCAUGUGCAUGAUAGCCAGCUUGGCCCUGCAGAAGGUCAAGGACGAUCAUAAGCUUCACUUGGAGCAAGAGCAAAUGUACCGGCAAAGAAUAGACGAGGUGAAACAGAUCAUGGCCGCGGAGGAGAAAAUUCGUGAGACAAAAAAGAUAAAAACAACAACGGCAAUAGAUGUGGAAGCGGCUGUAAAAGCUAUAGAGGCAGUGUAUAAGCCGAAAGAACCCAAAAAAAAGUCAGCGAAAUUCUAAAGCUCAUCAAUAUUCGACAAAAUUUAUUUAUGUUGGCAACCCAAACAAAAUAAUCAAAAUCCCGUAAUGCGUGAACUUAA